AUGCAGAUCACUUCGAACGUCCGCGAAUCACAGCUGCAGUCAGCCAUUGCACAGCAUCAACAACAGAAUCAAUCUCUUCAGGAUGACAGUACUAAUGCCCUCACCUCCUUGGACGAGAACGAUCGUAAAGAAGUUGCAGAGCUUCAGAACAAUAUGGUACUUGAUCGUCAAAAGGCCCAAACAGAGGCCUGCGCUGAAAUAGAACACUUCUUGGCCGAGAAGAAUCUCAGUUUGAACACGAAAUGGUAUAGUUCCAAAAUUAAUUCGUUGGAUAAUCAAAUUCGACAUGCCAAUGCUCUAUCACCUGCGUUUGCACCUGCCUGGCAGCAUCUUGUUGGCAAAAAACCUGUGGCUACAUAUUCCCGUUCCAGCUCCGAUCUGAAGCGGACGGACGAGGAACCUCAGACAGACAGUAGACCCUCCCUGACUUCACUCCUAGGAGAUGUCCCGAUCAUGAACGCGACCAUAGGCAUGCUUGCUGAGGCACUUGCAAAGGUUCUUCAGACUCCUCAAAUGAUGUCUUCCCGGGGACCUUGCCCAAGACGCAAACGGCUUAAACCCCCUGUUGAAAGUUUCAUGGAUACCCAGCGCCAAGACAAUAAGGCAAAUGUCCGAGAGUUGUUCAAAAAUGCAUUCCACGCCACAAAAGACGAAGAAUUUAUGCUUCAUGUGUCAGCGUCACAUGAAGCUAUAUUGUCUUUCGCACAUGGAACGGGCCCUGGUCCUGACCCACUUGCAAUGCGAUGGGAUAUGACGACACACACACUCCAUGUGGGAACCAACAUGUCAUUGAUUUACUUUGUUCCCAGUAUGCAACUAUGUUUGGAGAAGGGUUCACCAACCUCUCAGCCUCAGCGACGGUACUCCGCAAGACCGCGCAACAAGUGGGAGAUCGACUUGUGGAUCAAACAGAUGAGCGACUGCGGCUCGCUAGGGUCCUCACUCACAGGGUGA